UCCACUUGCAUAUGUGCAAAUCAGUUGCGCUGGCAUCAUGUCUAAAAAAAAAGUGGGAAAAACGAAUAUUACUGUCUCUUGACCUAUACAAGUACCCGUCCGUUGUUGGGAAACUGCUUCAUGGGAGUUGUAGUUCUAAGUGUAUACUGUCCAUCUCAAUUCAACUACUAAAGAACUACAUUUCCUGGUAAAUGACCCCGCCUUCGCUGAACUUUACUGGAAAACCACGACAAACAAGUUUUUCCACAGUCUGUUACAAACUACGCCAGCUAACAACAACAUUAAUGAAGGAGCAUCAAAAUGAAAAGGUACUUUUUGGUAGUUACUGUAACCUCAACCAGCCACAAUGACGACAAUCAAGAAAAAAGACGUCGUUUUGAGGAGUCAUCUGUCGCUACAGCAUGUAACGUUAACGUUACGGAGUCUGAACCUUCAACACUCAUCUCUUCAUCAUCAGACGGGGCAGUCUCCUCGGAUAACCUUACAAAAACUUAUCGAUUCAACCCGCAGUGGUUAAAAGACUUUCCUUGGCUUGUUUACGAUCAGGCCAAAAAAGCAGUGUUUUGUAAAUACUGUAUGGAGGCAGGCGAAACAAUGGCAGAGAGGACGCCCUACGUUACAGGGAAUACCAUAUUUAAACAGGAUAACGUUUCAAAACAUAGCACCACAAAACGACACAUUGCCUGCAGAGAUACACACCUCGUCUCAAGUCAGCCAGACCGCAUAGGGACAGUCCCCGCUGCUGUCAACAAACAACUCAGUAAGAUGAACAAGGACGUACUGAGAGAAAUGAAAAUAAAGAUGAACAUUGCCUACUGUGUCACGAAAGAGGAGCUGCCCUUCACCAAAUUUGGCCCAUUAAUAAUGCUCCACAAGAAGAACGGUAUAAAUGUCAGUGCAACAUAUGACAAUCAUGUGCGCUGUGCUGAAAUGAUAGGGCAAAUAGCGGACGAAAUGAAAUGUGAACUUGCUACUAAAGUGAAGCACAUGCAUUAUCUGUCCAUUAUGAUUGAUGGAGGCACGGACGUUUCUACAAAAGAGUGUGAGGUGGUGUACGUUCGGCUCAUUGAAGACGGGAAACCAGUGAAUAAACUUGUCGGACAGCAAGAAGUACAACACGCUCAUGCAAAAGGCAUACUGGAGGCUACAAAAGCAGCAUUUGAUGAACUGGGUGCAGACACCAACGGCUGGAUUGAGAAGCUGAUUGGAUUUGGAGCUGAUGGAGCCGCACUUAAUAUGGGGCACCAGAGAGGAGCUAUUUCUCUUUUAAAAAGAGAAAUUGGGGAUCAUGUGAUUCCUUUUCACUGCAUGGCUCACAGAUUAGAGCUUGUGGUCCUUACCCUUCAGAAAAAGGAGCCUAUGGUGGCCAAGGUGUAUGAGUUGCUGCACCUUGUGUGGAAGACCUACCACUACAGCCCGAAGUCACGGCGAGAGUUGCAGGCCUUGGGAACGGAACUUGGAGUGACAUUUGUAACCCAUCGAGUGUGUAAAGAACACGCUGGGUUCCACAUAUUCAGCGAGCCUUGCAUGUUCUGCUCAAACCAUCCAAGACAGGGGCUCUUGCUGAGGACAGUGGCCAGUAUGCAGCCACAUUGCAACACAUGGAUCACCUUGCUGCCUCUGCUACCUCUGCUGAUGUGCAAGGGAGGGCAAGAAAAGUCAAGGGCGAGAUGGAGCGUGCACACUUUUGUGCAUUCAGCCAUUUUUUGGCUGAUAUGUUCCAUAAGCUACGAAGACUUAGCUGCACUCUUAAAAAAAAUGACCUGAUUCUCCCAAAAGCCACAUCUGAGCUCCAGAGAACAGUGAUUGAGUUGGAGGGCAUGAAAGUGAGGCCAA